AUGAUUCUCUUGGGUUCGGUGCACAGCGACCUCAAAAGCGAAGACGAGAUGAAGAUCAGGAAGACCCUAAUUGGACUCCUUGGGCAGAUAAAGUGGUGCGGUGUUGAUACAAUUCGACACCGAGGACCCCUCGGUAAUGUGUACUAUACCAAUGAUCUUGCAGCUAUUAUUGCCCAGGAAAUGGCCAAUCCGCGAAUACGGCCUCACAUUCGACAUUAUCCCGAGGAUGCUGGGCAUCGAUUGGAGCAAUGUUGGCAAGGCCAACAUUGGCUGAAUGAGAUGGACACAUCCCUCACGACACCUAUGCUUCGAGUCGGAGCCCAGGAUUUCUACAUCUUUGAGCCUACAAAGCUGAAAAAUGGUAGCCUUGUUAUACCCCAUCACUGGUUCACACGGACAAUAAAUGGACAAGAGUUAUUCUUUGCCAAGGCAUGGCCUCUUGUGCCGGUGGUAUCAGAUUCUAUGGCUACUGGGUACCUUGUUCAUGAAUGCAGUGUCAUUGAAGUUGCGGCCGCUGAUUUACUACUCUCAUUUCCCCACCUGUUGGCUGUCUAUCAAUCAGAUGGUAUCUCAGAUCCUUGCAACAUUAUUGGUAUUUCGCUGUGGAAGCACACUGAUCCUGACAUUGGCAACAAGUGGCAUGCCAAAGCAAAGGGUCAUUGCGUCCUGACAUUCGCAAUGUGGCUCUACUGUGAUGACACCUCCGGAAACGUAUCAAAAAAGUGGAACAAGCACAACUCGUUCUUGUUCACUGCAGCUGGCCUUCCUCGUCGUAUGGUCCAGGAGGAAAGCAAUAUCCAUUUCGUAGCUACAUCAAAUCUAGCCCCCCCCUUGGAGAUGCUUGAUGGGAUCGUUACUCAGUUAGAAGAUGGCCAUACAAAUGGAAUCUGGGCAUGGGACUCACAAGUGAAGGAAAUGGUGUUACUCAUCCCAGUCAUCCUCGCUCUGCUGGGUGAUAAUCUCAUGCAGAGUGAGUUUGCUUGUCACAUUGGAUUGAAGGGCAAGUUCUUCUGUCGUGUAUGCCGUGUCAAGGGUGCAGACGCUGCUGAUCGGGCACCUAAUCCAAUGAUUCCAUGGCUGAAAGCAGAAACACUAAUUACACUGAAGUCUAGCUUUGAAGAUGCGGUUAAGGUUGGUGCGAAAACAAGGCACAAUACCAGAAAGACCGAGACGAGGGUUAAAGACAACCACUUAGAGUUCUUCCUGGCGGCGAUCUAUUCGGAAGGAAGAAGCUACAUUCUAUUGUUUCCUUAUAGUCCCAUAUGGAGAAUCAAAGGCUUGGAUCCACAUCAAGACACACCCAUUGAAAUUCUUCACGUUAUUUUGCUGGGCUUCAUCAAGUAUUUUUGGCGAGAUGCUAUAGCUCGUUUGAAUGAUGACCAGAAAGCGCUACUCACAACAUGCCUCAAUUCAUUCGAUGUUACUGGACUGGGUGUACCUCCUCUUUCUGGACAGAUGCUGGUCAAAUACAGUGGCUCUCUCACUGGCCGAGACUUCUGGGUUAUUGCACAAGUGGCGCCUUUUGUGCUGUUUGACCUGGUGCUGGCUGAAUGCUAUGAAGCAUGGGUUGCCUUGAGUGACAUGGUUCCGAUAAUUUGGCAACCAGUAAUUGAAGACAUUGACACACAUCUGAAAUUAAUGGAGACGUCGAUUGAGACUUUUCUAACACGUACGGCUUGCUGGACACCUCGCUGGUUUAAUAAACUGAAGUUUCACAUUGUCCGUCAUCUUCCUGAACAUGUGCGGCAUUUUGGGCCUGCUAUUUUGUUUGCGAUGGAGUCAUUUGAGUCCUUCAAUGCUGUAAUUCAGGGUCACAGGCUGGCACGUUGUAAUCGUACAUGCCAUCUGUUGUCUGGUGGUUAUUUUCCUGUCCAACUACAUAAUGGUGAUCGUGAAGAUGAACGUCCACAACCAAAGGUGCAAUUCUUUAGUGAUAGGAGCAGCGACUGGCGCCAAUGCGGACCAUCACCAAGGGCUCUAUCAUUGUUGAUGGGUGCAGACAUCAGUAUCGUGCCUGCAGCACUGUCCUGGCUCUCAAUGGAGAGCGCUGCCCUUUGA